CGCCCGCGGCCCCCGCGCGGCGGCGGCGGCGGCGGGGAAAGAUGGCGGCGGCCGCCCCCGAGCAGCAAAGCUCUAACGGCCCGGUGAAGAAGUCUAUGCGAGAGAAGGCUGUGGAACGCAGGAAUGUUAAUAAGGAGCACAACAGUAACUUCAAAGCAGGAUACAUUCCAAUUGAUGAAGACCGUCUCCAUAAGACAGGGUUACGUGGCAGGAAAGGCAACUUGGCCAUAUGUGUGAUUGUUGUUCUUUUUAUUUUGGCUGUCAUCAAUCUGAUUAUUACCCUGGUUAUCUGGGCAGUGAUAAGAAUUGGUCCCAAUGGUUGUGAUAGUAUGGAAUUCCAUGAGAGUGGCUUGCUGCGGUUUAAGCAGGUGUCUGACAUGGGUGUAAUACAUCCCCUAUAUAAAAGCACUGUGGGAGGGAGACGGAACGAAGACUUGGUGAUCACCGGGAAUAAUCAGCCUAUUGUAUUUCAGCAAGGAACAACCAAGCUUAGCGUGGAAAAAGACAAAACUUCUAUCACCAGCGAUAUUGGCAUGGAAUUUGUUGACCCACGAACACAAAAUACUUUGUUCAGCACUGACUAUGAAACUCAUGAGUUUCAGCUGCCAAAUGGAGUUAAAAUCUUGAAUGUACAAAAGGCCUCUACAGAGAGGAUUACCAGCAAUGCAACCAGUGAUCUAAACAUAAAGGUUGAUGGUCGUGCCAUUGUCCGAGGAAAUGAAGGUGUUUUCAUCACAGGCAAGACAAUUGAGUUUCGAAUGGGUGGAAACAUGGAACUUAAAGCAGAAAACAGCAUCAUCCUGAACGGAACUGUGAUGGUCAGCCCGUCCCGGCUGCCAAGCUCUUCUUACGGGGAGCAGUUCAAUAAUGGCAACUGGCUGCGCUUCAAGCUGUGCAUGUGCGCCGACGGGACACUCUUCAAGGUCCAGGUCACCGGGCACAACAUGGGCUGCCAGACCUCUGUCAACCCGUGUGGAGCCACGCACUGAAACAACUGCUGCUGGGACAGGCCUCCUUGGUGUUUACAUAGAUUUGUAUGAAGUAAUUGCAUGCCUUCCAGGGUUUCUUUUUUUACAGCAGUUUAUACUAACGUUUCUUACAUAGUAUUUUUAAGGAAAGGCUGUUACGGUCAGCAACAUUAGUUUAUCAUCCUGUUAGCUGCAAUAGUGGCACUGAAUCUGUAAGGUUUCAGUGUACAUGCAUAGUGAAGUACCUUCUUGAAUUGGGAUCAGUAGAAUAUAUGUAAAGAACAUGAUCUUGGCAACAGCUCUACUGCCUACAGUUGUCUCUAGAGGAGGUUUUUAUCCUACGUCCCAAGACCUUGCAGACUGCUGAGAAUACAACUGCAGUCUCAAGUACUUCAACAGGAAUGUAAUCUUUUUGUUGGAAAUAGAUUUUCCUAGGAUGGCUGAAGUAGCAGACUUUUCUCUUCUUUCUUUUUGAUAUAUUGAUUUACCCCAAACUUGGGUGUCUUACUAGAUGUGUACUAAGAGGGGUAGUGGCAGAUUCACUUUAAAAUAUCAUAUUGUUUCUGCCAUGUAUUCAUUCUCACAUUGUUAAAAAAUUAGGCUAUCAUAAAUAAUAUUUGCAAAGUAAAACUGAGUAUGGAAAUUUAACUUGAAUUUUGAAGUAGUCUUGUGGUUAUUGAAGUGUUGCUUGAACUUCCAUUCUAUCUGUGCAGUUAAUGCAUUCUGCAGUUGCUUAAUUUAUGUGAAGUACUUACAAAAUGUGCUUAUAGUGAAAGUACAUUUUUUAAAAAUGUACUUACAACUUGCUUACUACCCAAAAAUAGUGUUUUCCUGGGUGCUCUAAUGUGAACAGUGUCUGAGUCCAUUAAUCAAUGGGUAAUAAUUUGAGCAUAACUGUUGCAGCAGUAUCUGAGAUCAGAUCUCUCCUUCCUCAUAAAUGUCAGUACUGAUGCAUUACUGAGAACAUCAAAACAUUAAAUUCUCAAGUUAAACUGCAGGUCUGUAAUAAUAAAUGUGGUGGUAGGACAGCAAGGUAAACACAUGUGUAUCAGAAUUUGUCAGCAGUGAAACUAUGGUGAACUGGGGCCUAUUAGAGCCUUCCAGCUGCUUUUGCAGCAGUGAGGUGUUUUGUGCUAAAAAUAGACCAGCUAUUUAUAAGAUUCCCUCUUUCCUCACCCCAUGUAUUUCUUCAGUUUAAAACCGCUUUCUUUUGCAGUAGCAUCAAGUAACCUUAAUAUUGGAGGUCUCAAAGUGACUUUGUAACAGCUUUUUGAAAAGUUUUUCGAUAAGCACACACUUCUUUACCUAAAAAUUAUGUAAGUUUUACACAUUAACUUCAGAAUUGAUUAUUUGUUACAGGAAGAUAAACUAUCUACCCUUGUUUUACAGCACUCAAAGUACAUAGGAUUCCAUAAAAUACAAAUCAGCUUCUGCUGUAACAAGAAAUUCAUACCUAAGGUCCCAGUUUCUGAAUUUACUGGCAGGCAGUAAGCAUUCAUACAGAAUGUGUAUGGGUGAAAGUGAUUUUUGGAGGGGUAUUCAUCAGUCAGGCAUUACAGCACAUGGGGGAGGUCAGAGGAGUCAUAUUUCUCUCACUGCUUAAAGGCAAAUUAAAGAUUGUGGGGAAGUACUAACAUUUUGCAUACUUCCUUCAUGGACCUCAUAGUUUUAUCAGAGUUAAUAGUUACUAAACACUUUAACACACAUUUUGCUGCUUUACACCCACCUUUGCUGCUAAGCAGUGACUCAGUAUCUGUUAGAGUUAAGAGGAGGAAAUGAACUAACGUUUUUAGAAUUUUCACUCUCAUGCUAAUGGAAAUUUGUCACUUUAUGUAUACAAAUGCAAACACAUAUUAAAAAAAUAUGAAGAGCUGUAUCCUCAAAGCUGAAGUACAUCUUGAAAGUGACAGAUACUACCUUGGUCAAGUAGGUUAAACACGUAUUAAAGCUCUUCUCUGAUUAAUACUGACGUGCCUAUAUGCUAGUAUCGGAUUCUUGUAAUUAUCAAGAGUUCUUUUAAAAAUAUUGUGUGCAAUGUACAGCUAAAAGAUUUGUCACAAAGGUACUCUUAAAUCAUGAUCUGCAGAAUUGUUUUUGAAGUGUGGAUUUUUUUUGUCAAAAUGUAGCAAAACCAACCAUAAAAAUACCAAAUGAAAUAAAUUAUCAAAUUUGCUAGCCACUAUGUAUUGUUAAUAUGUUUUAUAUUUAUAUUACACAUUUUGAGAAAUGUUGGCACCACACAUGCCUCUGCUGAACAUUUACUUGUUUAUCUUCUAACUGCCUAAGGUACAAUUUUUUAUAUGUAUUUAAAACAUUGAGUGGAACACUGUUUAUUUCAGCCCACAGAUGCACUUCAGAUUCUGCAUGUAUAAAGUAUAUUCUACAUGCCUCUGUAAAAUGCCAUACUGGGUAUACUGAAACAACUUGCAUGUGAAGAGCUCUCAUCAUCUUUAAGUGUGGUGGUUGUUCCAGUGGGUGAAAGGCAGUAGAAUUUCAAAUGCUUGUUUUGAAAUAAAACAAUAAAUUCUAAGAUGCAGCUGCA